AUGUUUCAUUUCCUAAUUCUUUUCUCGAUUCCUCUAAUUUUCGCCUGGGGUCCCCCAGGGAAACAAACGCGCAAUUUCAACACUGAUCAAGGGAAAAGUUUUCAAGCGAAAGAUGCCGAUUAUGAUUAUGACCAAAGCGAAGUGCGUCGAGUGUCUCAAUUGGGAAUGAAUUCGGGAAUUCGACCCGGAUUUGGCGGUUUUGCCACUCCAGUUGGCCCUUCUCGUCCUUCUACAGUUGUGAUCACGAAAAUUCACGAGAAUUUCGCGAUUGACCCAAAUCCGAACCUCAACUUUUUCGCCUCAUCGAUCUAUCGAUCGUACAACCCGAUGACAAAACGCUUUUUCCUUCACCCAAAUCGACGACUCGUCGAUUUGCAAAGCGGAAAGGGAUUUGGAGCGGCGGCGAGGAUCGGGAAAAUAAUCAGUGUUCAGACUUUUUUAAGAAAUGAGGAAAUGAUACGCAAUCGUUGUCCUCAACUCACCGAAUUGUUCUAUUUGACGAGAAAUGGUGGACAAUUUCUGACAACCGAUCCAACUGAGAAAUUUCGAAUGCAAACGCUUGGAUGGAGAGAAGUCGCUUCGAUUGGAAUGUGCGUUCGUCAACCGGGAGCUUGCGGAGCCACCUCUCCGCUUCUCGAGGCUCGGAAAAGCUUUGACGAUUUCAUCUACAUGACGAAUCGGAAUGAGUUCAUGAAAUUUUUAGCUACCACCCCGCAAUAUCAAGCAAAAUCCGAAAUGGGCGUUUGUUAUGUUUGG